GGACGCUGUGCGCUCUGCUGUGUGCCUCGCCUCCUCCGCAACCCCGCACCCAGCCCUGCCUCAUGGGGCUGUACCUGAGCAGGUACCUGAGCAGGGACCUGGGCAAGCCCAAGGCCGCACUGCCGCCCUCUGCCCAGCAGUGCGGGCAUCGGAGACCCAGGCGCAAGCGCGCUGCUCUCCACACGCUGCAGCCAGCUUGGGACAAGGUCAACGCCCAAAGGGCUUUGGCUGCCCACAGGCUGCCCUCCGGGCUGCUCCUCAUGCCAGAGCUUUCCUACGCUCGCCUCAGCUACGUGAAGCGCAGGCUGCAAGCCAAGGACCCAGACCUCCAAGCCCUGGUGCGAGUCCAGGUCAAUGUCCCUGUGCGCCCUGGGAGCCUAUAUAAGUGCCCACCGCCCGAGGGGCGCCCAGACCCCUGUGCCAAGGAAACGGUGCUUCAGGUCCUUGCCCAGUGCACAAAAGGAAAGAGGAAGUUCGACGGGCCACUCUGGUUCGAGGUCCCCGAGCCUAAGACGAAGAGGUCGGACCCAAAUCCCAAGCCAUCUGCCUUCCAGCCAGUGACCACGCAUGGAUCGAUCCCGACCUUCGUGCCCAAGCCCGGGCCCUUGCGCAGAAGCUGCGCCAAGGGGAAUCGCACUCUGGGAGGAGGAAGAUGAAUGUGGCCCCACCGUCCAGCCUUCCCGAGCUUUCCAUGUGCCGCUGGGGACCAGGUCACAGCCUCCUCCAGGACUCAGCCCUCCCCCGCUCGAAGAAGGACCCUGCUGUCCCUGAGCACAACUGCCAGCCCCAGCCUUGCGCCUAAGGAGGCGGGGCGUCGCCAGGACACUCCUCCACCCAUGACAGGUCUGCCGCCCUCAAAGCACCCCUGCUCACCAGGUAGAGCCCACGCUGAAGAGACCGUGGACUUCCACAGUGACUUACUGCUGCCUGCAUGCGUACAUCAGUGCUUUACAAAAGACUG